AUGGUCAACUCAGCACCCACCGCAAUCUACGACAGGGCCAUCUACGGCGACCCGAGGGUCCUCGCCAAUCUCCUCUUCCUCGAGCCCAAGUACACCCCCAAGAGAUGCUUCGGGACUGUACAGAAACUCGUCGAGCCAUACAUGAGGAAGAUCAUCACCACUUGGAUGUUGGAGUGCAGGUCGCGACCACGUGCUCGACAGUCAGAAUCCAGAUACCGACCCUUCCAUAAUAAACUUCAGAACCAUCCUAAUCCUCUUGUUUCUAACCUUGCUUCCUCUUCAAGAUUCUGA